AUGACCUCCCCCCUGGAACAGAAACAAAACUCAGCACUGGCAUACACGACCUGCGAGGCCUUGACUAGCCAUGGGACUCUGCGACCUAUCACCUCCGUUACCACCGAACGGUACAACAAAAAACACAGCGUAGAAUUAUCCAGCUUCAUCAUCCCGGCCGGCCUCGGACAAUUUGAUCGCGAAGUAACGCCAACUUACCUCCCUGAGAGCUGGGCUUCUUAUGCCCACCCCGAGGGUCAACUUUACUUCUGCCGGCAUAGCACCCCGGUCAUUGUGACCGAAGCUUACCUCUAUAACUCCGAGAACAUGCGGAGAGUGGCUACCUGGUUGACGUUGAUCGAGGCGCUUUGCGAGGAGCGCCAGGUCGUGAUCCACUCGGGCGUCGAACUAUUUUUACAACUCGAGGAGUCCGGAUGCGCCUACUACUUUGUCGACCACCUCUCCAGGACGGAGUUUUGGCUAGACCAAUUUGAUACCAAUGAAAUAGGCUUGGACCAGGUUGCCUCUGAGGAGCAUCUGAAAUUGGCCUUGAACGAGCACUAUUGGUCCCAUGUAGAAUACUUCCCGGGGCACUUCGGUGGUCUGGAAGAAUCCACAGUUGUUGAGUUGAUUUCUAUUUUCUCGCAUGCAACCCUAGACCGCAUGACUUCCGCUGUCUGCACUUUCCCGUACACUCCCAAGGACUGUAGGAACUACAUGGACUUGCUCAAAACUGCUCGAGAGAAUACCCAAGAUAUGUAUAACGUCUGCGUGAUCGCGCGUCUGUGGGUCUUGGUAACGAACCACCGGUUCACCACUCAUUACGGACAAGAGUCUAGCCGUCUGUCCAGAACCCAAAGUAUAUUGGUACCUAAGAUUUACACCCCUAACUUCGUCUCUCGAGCGGUAACCCUCUUAACCUUGGGGCUAUCAGACGUCUAUACCAGCAAACUUGAAGAUGUCUUCAUCGAUGAUCUUGUCUACGCUGAACAAUGGUUUAGGAUGAUACAAUCAAUCACCAAAGAUUGGAAGACAUCUCUACAAAUUUCCACUCUACUAUUAGUCGCACACAUCUCCUGUAUCGCACCAGGUGUCCCAUCGCUAUGCCUAACCUCCGCUACCAUUCUCUCUAUGAGUGUUUUGGCAGCAUCUUUCCUCCUCGUCCAACACAGGCAUCUACUCAACGCAACGGCACUUCACGCGGCGGAUCACCUCUUGGCUAUCCGAUCAGAGAAAUACGGCUUCAAAAUUUCUGGGAUGUUGUUCGCGCUUCCCGCAGUCCUCAACAUCUACGGAGCAGCCAUAUUCCUUGCCCACGGGCUGACAAUCAUUGCUCUCCACCUUCAUGUAGGUGUAGCCGCUGGCAUCGCCAUCGUCUUCUUCCUCUUCGCUUGGUGUGCCCACAAAAUGUUAGCAUCCAGGAAAUUUCCAGAUUCCAAGGAGAAAUGCGAAGUGUAA